UUUUGUUGGGUUUUGAGUUAUAAUGAUACUUUUUCAACUUGUCCCCAUUUAAGGUGGUUCUUCUUAUCUUACGAAGGGUACCUACAUAGGUAGUACGGUACGGUACAUAACUGCAAUAUACCUACCUACUUGAAAUGUGAAUCAGCUGUCAAGCGUCAUUUUGAUAAUAUUUGAUUAUGAUAUUUUGAUCUAAAUUAACAGUUAACACUAUGAAAGCCUGUUUAAAUUUUAAAGGAAACGUUUGUUUACUUUGUGUGUAGUUUCAAGAUUAUGGCUGUGAUAAGGCUUGUAAUUUGUAAUAAUUAAUCUAUGGAUUUUUAUCACUUUUAAAUUAUCGUUAUAAAUUACUUAAAUCAUUCUUAACUUGUGACCUAGAUGAAUGCCACACAGUUAGUUGUAUUUUGUGUCUGGUGAUGAAAUGUUUAUUGCGUCAGUUUUUCGUAAUUAGUUCAUUCAUUUACUUCUAAGUAAAAAAAAGAAUCGCAUGAAAAUAUUUUUUCAAUUGAGGAAAAUGUCAUCAGUUCUGCCUUUUUUCCUUGAAGGAGAGGUAGUCAAGGGUUUUGGAAGAGGUUCUAAGGAACUAGGAUGCCCAACAGCUAAUUAUCCUUUGGAAGUUGUAAAAUCUUUACCAAAAGGUUUGGAGCCAGGUGUUUAUUAUGGAUGGGCUCAAGUUGACACAGGACCUGUAUAUGAGAUGGUAGCAAAUAUAGGAUGGUGUCCUUUUUACCAAAAUAAAGAGAUGUCUGUUGAAACCCAUAUAAUGCACAAUUUCCAGGGUGAUUUCUAUGGUUCUAAUUUAAAAAUUGCUCUAAUUGGGUAUCUGAGGGGAGAGAAGAACUUCAAUUGUCUGGAUGCUCUCAUAGAGCAAAUUCGAGAAGAUAUAAAAAAUUCUGAACAAAAUUUAAAGCAACCCUCAGCACAAAGUCUUCGUAAUCAUAGCUUUUUCAAUAAAAGCAUGUAAUUGAUCAAUGAUCAAUAACUAUAACUGGAUGAGAUACAUAAGAUAUCCCAUUUCCAAAUCAAUUUGAAGUUAUAAAAAUAUAAACAAAUAUCAAAUUAUUUACUAAAAGGAAAUAGCUAUUGUUGGUUCAACUUUAAGAGAAUAGAUCCCCAAAUCACUAGUAAGGAAAUUAGCAAACAAUUCACAUCAAGAACUUUUAGUGUUGCACGUGCAUAGAAAUUUUAAUAUUAAAGUUUUGUCAACUGGGCUACAUUGUAUGUUUUCUACUAUAAUUUCAACUCUGUGCCAAUACAGUGGUAUGAGUUAAAACCUAGUUUACUAAAUCUUUAAAAAAUGUGCUGGUUGUUUUAAAAUUUCCCCACCUAAACUCAAAAUCCAACAUUGUACAGCUAUGCAUUUCAAAGAUCAAUUUAAAAUUAUUGGCAAUCAAAAUUUUAAAAACGUUUUGCACUUUUAAAAUACAAGCAGCAUAACAGCUAUAUAUUCAAUGCUAUAUAAUUAUAGCAAUACCAAUAACAUUUAAAAAAAAUCGCUCACCAGAAUGUAUCCACAUUUCUUUUCAAGAGGGGUUUACAUACAAUUAGGACAAUUGAAUGCAUGCAAAAUACAUGUUUCGGUUAGUUAUAGUAAAUAAGAAAAUGUUUUUGUUUCUAAAAAAUCGAAUUUAGAAAACCAUUGUUCCAUAUAAUGUGAUAUUGUUGACUAAUAAUAUAUAUAUAUAUAUAUAUAUUAAAGAUUGUGCAAUAUACUUUUAUAAAUAAAUAAAUUAAAGAACUUACUAUUGUUA